UACAACGUGUAAUGAGGUGGGAUAUGUUACCAUACAACUUCAAACUGUAUAACUGGACAUGCAGAUGAUGUUGACCUCAGGGAACUGAGACAUUCAAAUCCUGGUAAGGAGACAGAUGGGAGUGAUCACUGGACAUUUCCUUAAUUUAAAGGGAAAAGGACAUUUUGAAUCCAAUUAGCAGACAAUGAAAAUAGUCGUUGCCCUUUAAAUGGAAUGGAUAAAUGAUGUGAUGAAUUAGUGAUGCCCCUACUGUUACUAACGGAACCAUCAGGACAGUCACUGUCUAGCUGGACACUGACUCCUGUUAGUCUAAUCAUAUAACACUAAACAGCAAUACCUAGUGUUCAACUGUGGAUAUCUGUAUCGUCACCUUUUCUGAUUCACUGGGGUAUUGACAAAGAGAUUUACAUUUAAUGGAAGGUUAUGUGGACAGUGUUAUAUUUACUUUAGUUUGAGAGUAUACUAUACUGAACAAUCGGGGAUAAUGUCAGGUAGUCAUCUAUGAUAUAGUCCAUAAACCUACUGUGUACAUAGGUAAUGUCUGUGUGGCUCUUGCAAUAGGCAGAUUGUGUUUCUAUGGUCCAGUUGGAAGUCUGUCCAACUGUGGAGGUUGAGGCUUGGUCAGUCGUUUAUAUUGGACACAACGUGAACAUCCUGCGGUGAUUCAGACCAAAAGCACUCUAAAACCUUAAUUACAGUCUGCCUGGGGACAUCGUGAAUUUGUGAAUUUCUCACCUGAGGAUUACUAGAUUAAUGACAUGUUGACCAUCAUCCUGUUAAAUCAACCACGUCUUCACGGUUUCUCAUCCAAAUAAUCCUGAUACUGUUGAUAACCUGAUCUGUUUAUGAGGAAUGUUAUCUUUUCCGAUAGCCAUGGAAACAGUGUUUUAGUGUGGUGUAUGGCUAUAUCCAUUGAUUUUUGACGGUAUCACUGGAAGUUGAAUCACUAUGACAUUGUUAUAACUAUAGGACAGUUGGUGUAGGGCAGUAGUUAUAGAGCUGUAUACUACAGUGAGACUCUGACAAGCCAGGUGUGUAUCAGAUCUACCCUGAUGAUGAUCUUACUUCUGAGGUAAUGAAUAGCCUCAUCCGAUGCCGCUACAACAAGGAUGGGUGUCGGUGGGUAGGGAAGCUGCACAACCUUCAGACUCAUCUGGACCAGUGUUGCUAUGACAGCAUAGCUUGCCCUAACAAGUGCCCUGCCCUCCUGUCCCGCCUGUCUCUGGAGGACCAUCUAGAGUUCUCUUGUCCCAAUCGCCUUGUUGUUUGUGAGUUCUGUAACCAACAGCUACCUGGGGAUUCUUAUGAACGGACUCAUUCUGGUCAGUGUCCUUAUGAGGUGAUGUGGUGUGAAAACAAAUGUGGAGCCCGACUUGAGCGGCGCUUCCUGAACAACCAUAUGAGAAAUGAGUGUCACAAACGUACGGUGGAAUGCUCCUACUGUAAAAGAGACUUUGUACAGGAAACAUUACAGACCCAUCAGUACCAGUGCCCUCGCUUUCCAGUUACAUGUCCUAACCGCUGUGACCCCACCAAGAUUCCUAGAGAGGAUCUGGAUGUUCAUGUUCAGGCCCUCUGUCCAUCUGCAACUGUUAGCUGUGCCUUCAAAAAGGCAGGUUGCUCUCAUAAGUGCCCAAGGUUCAGUAUGGACAAACACGUGGAAGAAAACAUGAAGCACCACCUGCAACUGAUGUGUGACUUGUCACAUCGCCAACAAGAGGAGAUAACCCAGCUGUGCGACGCUCUUUACUCACUGUCGCAUGUCACAGAUGGCACCUUCAUAUGGCGCAUUACAAACUAUAAACAGAAGUUCCUAGAGUCUGUGUACAAGAGUGUUGAGAUUGUCAGCGAGCCUUUCUACACAUCACGCUAUGGCUACAAGAUGGUCGCUUCUGUGUUUUUGAAUGGAAAUGGAGCAGGAGAGGGCAAGAACUUGUCUGUGUACAUUAAACUCCUUCCUGGUGAUUAUGACAAUCUGUUAGACUGGCCCUUCUCCCUCCCAAUCUCUUUUUGUCUGUUUGACCAGUGCUCAAGUCCAGACAAACGCUGCAAUAUUUCCGAGAGUUUCACUCCCGACCCAACCUGGAAACACUUCCAGAAACCUCUCAAGGACGCAGACAAGGACACUCUCGGGUUUGGUUACCCAAAGUUUGUGUCGCAAGAAGUUCUUAAGUCGAGAGAUUACAUCAAGGACGAUUGUAUUGUGAUCAAGGUUAAAGUGGACAACAACAAGUUCAUCUGUCCCUGAGCUGUAUAUUGGUGUGUCCUGAAGUAUUAUGUAGACUGGUGCCGUCUAGUGACUAUUGUGCUGGGUGUGCUAAUGCUGUUAGUCAAACAACAGUCUGUUCACAUCAUGAAGUUGUCUUUAACUCUUGAUGGUCUUAGUGGUAACCUUAGUGAUGACAAGCACUGGAAGUACUUGGAUUUGAACUGGCACAAGAGUGUUACUCCUCACAAGACAUUAGCAGUCUGUAUGAAUGAUAUACACUGUCUGACAUUAGUGUAUACUUAAUCAAGAAUGUACGCAGACUGUUGGGACAGUAGUGACAUUGUAGUGAAAGGUCUAUUGCCAACAGCAGAUCACUUUGUGUCUUGUGUUUUCCAAUAUCCAAUGUGCCAUAUAUAAAUGCAAAAAGGACAGAUAACUUAAAGCAAAUCUGUAUACUGCUUAAAAUCCUAUGUAAUCCAGCCACAAGUACCAUGAAUUGUGACCAGUUAUCUACUAUCUAGCCAAUACUUUCGUUAGAAGGUUGCCCAAUAUUCAGUCAAUUUUAGGAGGAAUCUGAAUCUUAAAAGAUUACCCAAUAUUUAGCCAAUUUUAAGAGGAAGAUUGCCCAAUAUUUUAGCCAGUGUUUUAAGGAACAGAUUGUCUUACAGUCCAAUCAGUGGUUCAAGGACACAUAAUUGUGUACCAAAAUGUCCUGAUAGGUAAGCUGUAUUACAGUACUUGUUAAUUUUCUGAAUGCAAAUGUGGCUGGGCUCAAUUUCACCAAUGCUCCAGAACUUAGCUUUUAUAUUUUUGAAGGUAUUGCUAGGGAUUAUGAUAAACCAGGAAAUCUAUUCCAGUACUCUAGCAAUGCUUCUCAAUGUACAUAGUUAAUG